AAGUAGGCGGCGACGUGGUGCACACGUGCUCGGAAGUAAGCAAGGAAAACGUCAUGUCUUUCUCUGGCGAGCUGUUUGUCUGGCGAUAGCACUGGCUUCGUAGUGGAAAUUAUAUUUUGGGAGCGUUUAUCGUGGAAACAUUACGAAACGUGUUUGUGCUGUGCGCUCAUCUAAAACGAACCGUUUGCAAGUGAAGUGCGCGAGCGUCAAGAUAGAGCGGUGCAGGUGCACGAGCCGACACGCAUGUACAACGUUGUCUGCAGUGAUCAUUAAGCGCUACAUUAUUUAGCUAUAACCUCGCCAGUUUGCCAGCUACUUUUUUAACCCGUUAGCAAGUUACCUGGCUAGCUACUGCAGUAUAUAACUAUGACCUAGACACAUUUUGUAGUGGUAAUGAAUGAAAACCACUCAUUUCUAUUUUGAGGAGAAGAGUAAGGCCUACCCGACACAACAUUGCAUGUCAGCAACAUGGCGUUCACCAGCCUUUUUUCAAGUCUUCCAAACAAAGAAUUUGACCCGACGCCUUGUGAGCCGAUGGAAAGAUUUCAAAGGGAUGAAGGGCAACUGGAACCAGUUCAACUGAAGGGGAACGAAAGGGAUGCCCAGUCCAGAAAGUGGCCAUUGCAACGGGGUCAGCAGAGUGGCCCCAGGAAGAGGAAAAAGGGGGACCAACAGGAGCAGUGUGGCCAGGCCAAGAAAAGUAACCUUCAUAAAUGCCCACCACAAUCUUAUAAAGACUUUGACUCUGUGGCCCGAGACUUCAUGGUGAAGUGUGAUUUCGAGCAACCAAGCUUUGACUUCAGUAGAGAACUGGACUUCUACAGUGAUAGCAAGGAGGGUGCAUACCCAGGUCAUGCUACAGAGAAGUCGGGUUGGAAGAACAUGAGGCCCGGAGAAGCCAUGGAUCCUGAUCAGAACAAGGAUGUUCAAGGUGUAAACAAGAAGAAAGGACGGGAGCAGAAGAAGCAGCGAUGGGAGCCUCAGCAGCAGAGACUUGACAACCAGGCCAGAGGCAGAGGGGCAAACUCUGCCAGGAGGGGUGGGGAUUUUACCGGACUGGGUGGACACGGAACUAACCAGCCCAGAGACUUCUCCAACAGGGGCGGCGGUGGCUCCAACAGGGGCGGCGGUGGCUCCAACAGGGGCGGCGGUGGCUCCAACAGGGGCGGCGGUGGCUCCAACAGGGGCGGCGGUGGCUCCAACAGGGGCGGAGGUGGCUCCAACAGGGGUGGAGCGGGGAGCAAUAGAGGCCGGGGCUGUGACAAGAGGGGCAGUUUUCUCCGAGGAGGUGAUUGGUCAAAGCGAGGCACUGACCGGUCACGUAGUGGUGGACGACAGUUCCCAGAUGAUGGACGUUUAACACUGGAAACUUUGACAGGAAAGGGGAAGAAGAACAUGACAAAGGAAUUCAAAGACCAGAAUGCUUUGGAGAUUGACGGCAGGUUAAUCUGUCGACAUUUCCUCAGGGGAAAGUGCAUCAAGGGUGAUGACUGCCAACUAGAACAUGCUCUGGACGUCAACUACUCGAUCAACGAAGUGUGUAAAUUCUACGUCCAGGGAUCCUGUUCGAAAGGAGAGAGCUGCAUAUACAUGCACAAGAGUUUCCCCUGCAAGUUCUUCCAUACUUACGAGAAGUGCUCCCAAGGAGACCAGUGCAGGUUUUCCCAUGAACCUCUGACUGAGCUCACCAAACAGCUACUGGAGGCAGCAUUGAAGAGGGACAAGGACAUUGAGGAACUGGCUAAAAAGGACAAGCCAAUCUGCAUGGAGGAGUCAGUGGCCACAAAGGAGUCGGCGUCAGCUGAGGAGACAAAGCCUGUCAUUAACAUGUUCCUGAAUCCCCUAAGGCCAAACUUUUACAACAGUUCAUCACCCUCUGAGCCACAUGCUGAGGAAAGUACCCCCAUGUGUCAGAAUGAAGUGUCAGCUGAGGUCGUGGAGAAGGAAAUUGCCCCUCCUACAGAGUCCAUUCGGUCUCCUGAUCCUCCCCCAAGCUCUCCUGGCUUUAAGGAACCGGUUUCUUAUUCAGUUGAGGCUGUGCUUGGGUCCCAUAGGCCCCUGGAAAAACCCUUCCGCAGCUUAUUUGCAGCCUCUAUCAGCCAGACCUCACAGACCCAACCAGAUCCUCUCACAACUACAUUAGUUCCUCCAGACUCUAUCCACACUCCUGAUCCACCCCUAAACUCUACAUGCGGCAAGAGAAAUGUUCCUUAUUCAGUCAAAGCUGUGCUUGGAUUCCAGAAGCCUGAAGAAAAACCCUUCACACAGAUCCAAUCAGAUCCCCCCAGCACUACAUUAGUUUCUCCAGACCCCAUUAGUUUGUCUGGUCCUCAUCUGAAUAAGAGGCAGGCUUCUUAUUCAGUUGAGGCUCUCUCUACGCCCCAGAAGCCGGUGAAAAAAACCUUUUGCAGUCUCUUUGCAGGACCUAUCAGCCAGACCUCUACUAGACCUCCCAUACAGAACUCUGCUAAUUCUCCCAUAAACAUCCCACGCUGUACGAGACCAGCUUCUUAUUCAGUUAAGGCUGUUCUAAAGUCCCACAAGCCUGUGGAAAACCCCUUCCGCAGCCUCGUUGCAGGCCCCAUCAACCAGUCCUCUCGCCACCCUGAUAUACAGACCCAACUAGAUCGUCCUAGCACUACAUUAAAUCCUCCAGACUCCAUUCGGCCCCCUGAUCCUCCUUCAGUCUAUAAGAGGCCGGCUUAUUAUUCAGAUAAAGCUGUGCUUGGAUCUCCUAAACCUUUGAAACCAUCCUUCAGCAGCCUCUUUGCAGGCCCCAUCAGCCAGACCUCUCCCCAACCGCCCACUCAGUCCCAAGCAGAUUCCUCUAGCGCUACAUUUGGUCCUUCAGACUCUGCUCCUCCUGCAGGCUGUAAAAGGCUGGCUUCGUAUUCUGUUACGGAUGUGCUUGAGACCUAUAAGCCUGUGGAAAACCCCUUCCGCAGCCUUUUUGCAGGAACCAUCAGCCAGACCACUACCGACGCUCCCUCACAGUCCCUAAACUCCCCCUGUUGUAAGGCACCAACUUCUAAAAAGCCCAUGGAAAAACCCUUCCGUAGCAUCUUUGCAGGCCCCAUCAGCCAGACACCCAAAAACCACCCUCCCAGACAGACCCGACCAAAUCCCCCCAGCACUGCAUUUAGUCCUCCAGACCCCAUUCGGUCUUCUGAGCCUCUGCCAGUCUGCAAGCGACGGACAUCCUCAGUUGAGGCUGUCAGUGAGUCCCAGAAGUCCAUGGAAAAACCAUUUCGUAGCCUCUUUGCCGGCCCCCUCACACAGACUUCUACUUCUGGCCAUCCAACACAGACCCAACCAGAUCCCCCUAGACAUUUCACUGCUGAAAGACCAGCUUCUCAUUCACUUGAGGCUAUGUUUGAGACUCAGAAGCCAGUGGGAAAACCCUUUCGAAGCCUUUUUGCAGGCCCCAUCAGCCAGACAACCCUCCCUGACCCUCCAACACAGACCUGGCCAUAUCCCCCCAUAGUCAAGCCUAAACAGAAGGAGCGUGACCCAACACCAUCCACCGAGCCGUCCACAACCCAUUCUGUUCUGAGGACCCUCUUCCUACGCCUGAGCCCAUGCCGCCAGGAGGGAGAGCAGGCAAUCAGUAACAGCUGCAAAGAUCCAGGAGGCGAUGGCCUGUGUUCCAGUGAAGACGAAAUCACGAGAGGAUCUACUUCCACAGGACAGCAGAGGCAGAGCCAGGAGGUGGAGGAUGUUGAUGAGCUGGAGAGUGAGCGAGAGGAGCCGGAGGAGUGCGUUCUGAGAGAUGAGCUGUUAGUAAUUCCAUUAGAGCCAUUAGUGCCUUACGUGCCACUUGGUGACCCUCGCCACCAUCGGCAGGCUGAUAUCACCCUGCCACGGUCCACCUUCGCCCAGGACGUGGUGUGGUCCUUUGAAGACCUUGCCCCUCUUACUCCCCUCUCACUCCAUCACCAGCCGUCUGUCCCUCUGGCCUCCCCCUCUACUGAGAGAACAUCAGGUUCUGCUGUUGGACUGUCCAGUCCUGCAGGACUCAGGCCACAGCCUUCCCCACAGGACUCCAACUCUCAGGAGGCUGCAGCAGAGCAUCUCAUUCCCUCCAGGAAUUCAGGUAGGAGACAGGUCCAGGUGGAUACCCCCGGCGUUCACAACCUACCGAUCCAAGCGAUGGUACGGAUCACUCGACAUAACACUGAUGUACAACCAAAGAGACUGUCUGGACAAAUGAGGUGCAAAAGUGGCAACGUGGGUGAAAAGAAAACACUGAAAGACCUUUUUAAGACUUUUGACCCCACAUCAUCUCCCUUCGGACAGUAACUGCAUUUGGACUAUGGCUCAUAUUGUAUGCACUGUCGGUCAAUGGACUACGCACCUAAUGACUUACACAAACACUUGUCCUUCAUAUGAAUGCUUUUGCUCUAGUGUAUUUUCCCGCUAACAGAUCAGAACAGCAAUUCAUUGCAAAAAUGAUUGUGUAAAAUGCAGGACACCAAUUAUGCAUGCACACACAACCCUCCUUAACUACAUUUGAUGAAGUGUUACUCCCAUAUCUUUACUUAGCAACAGCUAAUGUUACUGAUGAAUUGUCAGCCUAGUCUGUCUCUGUGAAUUGUUUUGGGAUUUUCUUAGAUGAGGCAUGUUGAUGUUUUUUUUACAGACUAAAUCAUCAAUCAUGUACAUUUUUAAGGUUAAAAAAAACAAAUUACGUUUUAUUUACUUUUUAUUAAAGCAGAAAGUAACCUAUUGGAACAAUUAGCCAGUUAACUAGUAACUAACCGUUGCCCUCUUCCUCCACUCCUGCUGACUACAUUUCCUCUUAUUUGAAGAGUGAACAAUGGGUUAUUACUCAACUGAUUCUUAUUCCUGUGUGGAAAAUGUCAUUAUUUAAACUAAUGGCGCACCAGUUCUGCUCUGCAUGUAGUGCUUCUCUUUUCUUAUAGUAUGGUACUGUGCUGUGAAAAAAUAUUUGCCAACCCUUUUCUAAGUGCCUCUACUUUUGCAUAUUAUUUUUUAUACUGAAUGCUUUCAGAUCUUCAACCAAAACCUUAUAUUAGAUAAAGGGAACCUGAGUUAAUAAUUACAGAAUUACUACUUAUUUCAUAAACAAAGUUAUGCAACACCCAA